GUCCGUGUCCCGCUCAAUGGCCGUGGCUCUUCCCGGUUGUUGUGCAGACAAGACCUGAUAGAAUCUGACCAUGAUUUGACUUCACUCAAUGGCUCAAGGUGGUUGCUAAACGUCUGUGGUGUCGUUGCCAUCUUGUUGGCCUUGCCCUCUAGGAUAGGUCAAGGUGCUUGAGGUGUUGUAAACAAGCUCCAGGUCUGCAGUCUGCAUAAGGUGCCUCCGAUGACUAGGAUCCAGCUCAUCCCGAUCUGCAGUUCCUUCUAGGUAUUCCUUUUUCCCCGUCUCUUACCAGCAUCAGCAUCAGGACCAGCAUCCCGCAUUCGAGAACCCCUCUUAGUCUCAGCGAACCCCGGCUCCUUCCCACAUAUCAACCCUACCCUGCUCUUUCCUCUAGAAUUCCCCUUUCGUAGUAACUGCCCCUCGCUGGACAAUUCGAAAUUUCCGCUUUUCCUUGGUUUCACGACGACAACGUUACUUUGUCGCACUUUCUCUCGUUGGCCUUGGCCUCUCCGAUACCUAAUUCAACCGUCUGUUGAUUUUUCCGUCUCAACUUUUACGGAUACUCGCCCACCUUUCACCGUCUUUUUUCUGGGCCACGCCUCAGAUCGCGCGACGACGUCUCUACAACGUUAAUUCACCGCCGCGCCCUGGGGGUUUUCGGCCGCAAUUACACUUCGACAAAUUGUUCAUUGCAUCACUUCUCAGUCUGUCACUACUAGCAAACGCCAUAUCAGCAUCACGAAGAAAUGAAAACGCAGAAACGCCUCCAUUAGCAACGUCUCAUCUUCUCUUCACCAUCUGCCACACAAACUAGCUGGCUAUCGUCUCCCACUUUUGACGCCACUACUCCACUUACGAUAAUCCACCUCCAAACACGCCUCGAGACAAGCACCACAAGAUAUCCAAGAAUGACUGCAACGGGGGCUCAACGCGAGUCGACCAAGCCGCAACGCGGCCGGUCUGACAGCCUUCAGAAGAUGUUGGAGCUGGAACACAUUCGGAAGCUCGAGCGUCUUCAGGGGCAUCAGUCCAUGCCUGCGGCGACCCAUCCUUCUCACCUGGCGUUUCAGCAGGUUCUUCAGCAACAGCUUAAUCAAGGCCGACCUGCCCAGUCACCUCCGAAACUGAAACCUUUUCCUACCGUUCAUCCCGCUCCGCCUGUGAAGCCUAUAGCUCCUCUCCAGUCUCGCCGGAGGGAGUCAUCAGCUCAACUUCCCACACAGAAACCGGAGCUACCACCUUCUGCUAUGAAAGCGGUCCGCCGAGCAACAGCGUUGCCUUCUCUUUCCAUUUCUGUUCCACCGCCCUCGAACGUCAAGUCUGAAAUCGAUCGCGGGUCGGAGCGCAAGGAAUCGGUGGAGCAUAAGCACAAGACAGUAACCUUCCUCGACGUCGAUAUGGUCGACGAACCAACUGCCGACGACGCCUCCUCGAUUUGCCACUCACCAAGCUGGGAAUCCUUUGGUCAGAACAAGAAGAAGGAAAAGAAAAUCGAAGCCAGGAUGCGCAAGAAGGAAAAGGAGCAGGCCGAGAAGCAGGCCGAGAAGGAGGCCAAAUCUGUGAAGAAGAAGUUGGCAGCUAAGCUCAGCAAAGCUGGACCGAACACCAAAGCUUCCCCGCCAAGACCUCCAAAUGCAUCGAGGUCAAUCUCUAGCCCAACCGUGUUCGUCAAUGAGCAUCUUCGGUCAGCCAGCGCCCAGGCCUUCUAUGAGCCACCACCUUCAAUCCGUCCUCAACAUGCCAGACAACGGUCAGACUCGGUAGCCAUGCAGCUAAAAGCUGCUUUGACAGGCCACAAGACCCAUAAUCAGUCUCACAACAAUGAUGACCAAGGCUUCAUUGGCGGCUUGAAGCUGGAGCAGAAAAGACAGAUUGACGCCGGCAUUCCCUUUAGAAAACCUAACCCGCCUGCUUUCCUGACUGGUCAGAGGUCUCACUCAUUUGGACCUGAAGUGAGGGUAACACCGCCAGCAAUGACACCUUCAGCGUUGCCGCGUUCUUUCUCAUUCGACCCGCAAGGAGAGCGACCUGACGAGUACGACGAAGACUCAUACGGGCCCAAGACACCACGAUCCGCUUCUAUCAACACCUCUUCUUGGUCUCAGCCUUUAGUCUCGCCCACAGCACCGCCUGUACCUGAUGUGAGCAACUUUCAACAAUGGAUGAACGGCACGAAGCAAUCGCAAGUGCCCGCCACCGACGAUGAGUUGGAGAUUCAUAACGGACUCAGCGAGGUUGUGGUUGAGCAAGAGCGAGGACGAAGAAGAGAGAGUUACGUUCACCAGUCUCGCCAACAAAGCAGAGAAAGAUCUAUGAACGGCUACAGAGACGAAGUUCGCGUCUCGUCUGCCAAGUCUCACUAUCCUCCAGCCUCCAAUCGCCCACUUCAAUCUCGAGCGUACUCCUCUUCUUCAGAGAGCAGCCCAAUGGGCUCCAACUUUCCUCCACGUAACGGAUCGCUCUCUAGCCUUGGCGGCUACAAAGACCAAUCAGCCUCGGCUGAAGAUUUCACGCUUACCUUCCGACUUCCUUACACACCGCCAGCAGGCAGUCCCGGACAGCAGUCAUUCGACCGGUCCACGUCUCAGGGACCACCCAUGUCUAGAAUGAUGUCUAGAGAGAUACCUUUGCCUCCCGAAAGAUCGGCAUCGCGUGAGAGGCAUCCGGCUACCCCUGGAGCAGCCAUCAGAAGCUUCAAGGAUGCAGCCAAAGCCGCAUUCCAGAAAGUGUCGACUCCAGGAUCAUCCAAGCCGCCUGUCUCCAAUUAUUUUACCAGAGCGGCGCGCGAUACUACCAUGACACCCGACUCAACGUCAAGCUCGAGGUACUCAACGGACGAGCCAUCCCCUUUCACGGCCCCGCCUCGUCCGUUUGCCGAGUCUACUGAAUCGACUUCGAGAGACUCAUCAGCACGCCCGACACACAGAUCUUCGAUGUCUUCAUGCGACGAGUCUUUGCCUUCUCCGUCACCCGCCACCACUCCUAACUCUUCAAGACCGCAAUCCGAAAAGGGGUUGCCGCCUUUGGACGGAGAACUCGGUCGGGUCGACAAUGAGACAGUGGUUGUUACGAAUGACACACGGUCGUACAGGCUUUCUCACAAGGCAGCGAUGCAGACGGCCUCUCCAAUUGCUACGAAUCAACGGAUCAGCCUGCCCCCUCAGAUUCCGGUCCAGAAUCAUGAGGCUCAUCUCAACGAGCUUGAAGCCUUGGUGACGGAGAAGUUUGGUAGGCAGGCUAGCGUUGCUGAUGCCGAGGACAGCGACUCGUCGCAGAGCUAUCCCACUCCAACACACACCGACAGUUCGAAGACGUCCGCGAUAGCAUCCCCUCUUACAUCCGCUUCUUUGACGAGUCCAUACGAUUAUAGGAAGAAUGGGCACGUUCAGGAAAUUAGCAGCAACAACAUUGAACCGGUACAAGAGGAAGUCCAUAGCGUCGUCCAGCGUCACCCGAGCUUGACUAAGAGCCGCUCGAGUCCUGACCUCGCACUUGACACAAGUUUCCUUCCGAAGCUCAAGCAUCAACCCCUCGUGCCCCGGUCUCUUGUUCCGCCACCGCCACCCCGUUCAUCAAAACGUGGCUCUGUGAAUAAUUUACACGCCAAAGCAGCCUCGCAGUCUUCGUUCCCUGCGGAUGUAGCUUCCAGGAAGUCUAUUGUGUCCACCAAGGGGCCUUCGAAUCCCUCACAUUAUCUCGAGGAAGCCCGCAAAUCAAUGCCGCCACCGCGAUCCAGUCGCGUCUCACGUGCAUCUAUUGUACCUCCCAACGGCAUCCCCGAGCCCGUUGCCAAGAUGCUUGUGGAAUGCUGCAGUUGCAAGUUCUUGCACGACAUGCCGAGCAAAGUCUACGAAUGUAUGGCCAAGCCCGAUAGCAUGGUGGAGGACCGGAAGCUGGGGGUCAGCGGACUCAUCUCCACGACGGUGAAGUGUCCAUGGUGCGCUCACGGAAUGACGACAAACUGUUGCGCAGGAUAUGCGGCAGUGAUCUAUUUGAAGGAGAAAUUGCACUAAAAGUAAGGGGCAAAAGAAACACGAAGUAAUGCAAGUUUGAAAAGGAUAAUACGACGAUCGGGCUAUACACUUGCUCUUUUUGCGAUUGAGCUCCUACUGAGCCGGAAGGAAAAUAAGGAACGAAAGUAGACGACGGGAAGCGGACAGUAAUCAUACUUGCCUGGCAAGUUUGUGUAGAGAAUUGUAUCAUAGGGAGACUACAUAUCAUCAGCCAGCUCUAUGGGUGGAGACUGACUCGAGAAACCAAUACACCCAUUAGUUGUUACAGUUUUUUUCUUCUUCUUUUUUUUAGCUUUUUUUUUUUGGAAUUCAA